AUGCUGGACCGCCUGUCCACCAUGACUGCAGGUGCGCCUCCUCCUUCUCCUCCACCACACGAGACACCCCAAGCUGAGAACUGCAUGACGCGCUAGACACGACGCUCGAACGCGACCAGCCGCAAUCGGUGCUGCUGCAAGUGGCGCGCCUGCCCCAGCUGGCCGCAACCUUCAACUACGCCUCGAUGGCCUACAACAACCACAUGUUCUUCCGCACGCUGGCGCCGCAAACGGUGCCCAUCCCCGCCGAGCUAAACGACGCGCUGCUGGGCUCCUUCUCGUCCAUCGAGACGCUGAAGGCCGACUUCCUCGCAACCGCAAACGCCAUGUUCGGCCCGGGCUUCGUGUGGCUCGUCUACCAGCGCCGCGCGCAGCAGACGGGCGCCGGUGCCUUCCGCAUCCUGCCCACGUACCUGGCCGGCUCGCCCCUCAGCGAGGCCCACUGGCGCCAGCAGCCCGUCGACAUGAACACGCAGAACGCGAUGAGCGUGGGCGGCCUGUCGGGCGUCGAUUUUGCCGCCCAGCAGCACCAGCAGCAGCACCAGCAGCAGGGCGACGCGCACGGCACUGCUGGCGGCUUUGGGCCCCACAGCCUUGCCGGCAAGGAGGCCCGCAGGCGCGCUCCUGGCGGCGCCGAUGUCCACCCCGUUCUUUGCGUUAAUACGUGGGAGCAUGUCUGGCUCCAGGACUAUGGCAUCGAUGGCAAGGCCGACUUCCUCGAGAACUGGUGGGACCGCAUCAACUGGAACGAGGUGCACGCCCUCACGCCCCCCGACGCCAUGAAGGGCGGCCGCUUGACUGGCGGCGUGUUUAACGCUAUUGGGGUGUAAAAGUGGGCGACUAGGGCGCGAGCUAUGGAGUGAGUCGAGGUGGUGGUGGUGGUGGUGGGAGGGCGGCUGCGUGGGCGGGGGGAGAGCGA